CGCCAAAACCUUCUUUCAUCUCCCGCUUCUUCCAGGGGGCCCACACGCGCCUUUGUCUCACACUUCACUCAUUUUUCCCUUCUUCUAUUUCUUCGCUUCUCUCAGACUCACUUUGAAUCCCCCCCCCUCCUCUAAAUUUUCUCUCUAGACCUAUUAUGGAGCAGCGCCACCACCUCCAGCCUCACAUCUCCGCCGCAGGGCCCACCACCCCGUUCGGCUCCACCGCAACCUACCCCCACGCUCCCACCGCCAGUUCCGGCCACAAGCGCCCCAGGACGCGCGGCAGUUACACCUGUGGCCGGUGUGGCCAGCCCAAGAAGGGCCACUCCUGCCACGUCCGCCCAGCCGAUUCCGCCGCAGAGUCUCACCCCGACACUCCCCUCUCAGUCACCCGAACCCCGGCGCUGCCGCCUCCUCCCCCGCCACGUCAGCCCUACUCCAACCUCCGCAGAGCUCUGUCGUUCGACGACGUCGAGAGCUCCGGUUACGGAGAUUCCGAUGCUCCGGAUCCGGAUCCGGAUCCGGACUUCGAUGAGGUGGAGGACACGGAGGUGGAUUGGGAUAGGGGCUGGGGUGGUCUUCCUACGAGCUGUCUGUGGGAGAUUUUGAGAAGGCUACCGCCGCCGGGGCUGUUAUCGGCGGCGAUGGUCUGCAAGGGAUGGAGGGAGACGACAAGGAGGUUGUGGAAGGCCGCGGAGGCCCUCAGGCUUAGGGUUCCGCCGAGGGCUCAGGUUCGGUUUGUUCGAUUGGUGUUGCACAAAUGCCCGAACCUCGUUAGCCUCUCUCUUACAAUUGAAAGUGAUGUUGAUGCAACAAUGCUGGAGUGCAUUGCAUUUUCGUGCCCAAAUCUUGAAUCUAUGGAGAUCUAUAUUUCUGAGAAGGCAACCAAUCGAAUUACUGGUGAUGAACUGAGUCGUUUUGUUGCUGAUAGAAGAUUACUGAAAAGCCUUAAGAUGGAAGGUUGUUCUAAUAUAGGUGGCUUUGCUCUCUGUUCAUCAAGUCUUUUGACACUUUGGCUUUCGGGUCUUCAUUCCCUUUCUAAGAUGGUUUUCAACUGCCCCAAUCUGAAAGAGAUUUCUAUUGAUUUUUCUCGCCAAGGAAAUGAUAAUACUGAUCUUACAACAAUGGUUGAUGGUCUGGGAAGAAAUUGUCCAAGGCUGCAAAACAUACACAUUGCAUCAGUCCGGCUUUCACAUUCUGUUGUUCUUGCGCUUACAGCUGCUCAAUUAAGGGAUUUGCGAAUGCUGUCUCUUGUUCUUGGAUCUCAAAUCACUGAUGCAUCAGUUGCUGCCAUAGCUUCUACCUAUCCAUACUUAGAAUUGCUUGAUCUGAGCGGAUCUAGCAUCAGUGACAGUGGCAUUCAAAUCAUUUGCAAUGUGUUUCCUGAAACUCUUUCAAGGCUACUUGUUGCUCUUUGUCCCAACAUCACUACAAUGGGUAUAGUAUUUGCCACAACUCAACUGCCUCUUCUUGAACUCAUGGACUGUGGCAUGACGAUAUGUGAUCCCAAUUCUUCAGACCUGACCUAUGAAGAAAGCAGUGACUUUCAAUUAUCAAUGACUUCAAAAGCCAAAGCACACCUCAUUUGCCAGAAUCUGAUUAUUAAACAUGGUCGAUUGAAAAAACUCAGCUUGUGGGGCUGUUCUGGCUUAGAUGCUCUAUCUUUAAGCUGCCCAGAACUCAAUGAUCUAAACUUAAAUUCUUGUAACAACUUGCAUCCAGAGAGAUUGUCACUUCAGUGCCCAAAUUUAGAAAAGGUGCAUGCAUCAGGUUGUCAACGGAUGUUGAUCGGAGCCAUUCACAGUCAGCUCAACAAUAAUAUUGCUACUAUGGAUAGCCUAUUACCAUGCAAGCGUCUAGCCAGUGGCUCAAAGAGAAUACUGGUUCCACAUUAUAUAAUGGAACAGGGUUUGCAGUCAUAUGAGGGUGAUAAGAAGCGAAGAAGGGUUGAAAAGCGGCGUUGUAAUGUGCUUGUCUACUGAUCAUUGCAUGCCAUUGAGAAAUUCCUGUGCCGUAAACAGGGUGCUCCAGGCCUUGUUUCCCCGUAAGCAAGAUCUUUAACACUCGAUCCUCAUCACUAAAGGGAGCUGGUGCAUUGUACAAUAGCAUUUCCCCUUUGAGAAAACUGAACUGUAUUGUAGCUUCAAACUAGUGUUCCAAAAUUUGGAGAACAAGAUUGGAUAUCAGACUUAAAAUUUAUAAACUCAUUUCAAAUAAA